GUCCUGAUCCGUGAAUUUCGUUGUACCGGAUACUUGAUACCUGGAGAUAUUUCAACGGAAUUACAGAGUGGUUGAUAAUAAAGUUCAACUUGAGAUACUCGACUUGAUCAUUUCGAUGGGGUUUUCACGUACUCUUAACGAGAUUCCCUGCGCCUUGCUCGCAGCAGCGGUAUUCACGGGACUGAUCGCCUCGACGACGGCCACCUUUGGAAAUGAACACGUUCACAUAAAGAUCCAUCUGCCUGAGAUAGUGCAGGAUGUUCAUCACGAGAAGAAGAUAAUAAAGCACGUUGAGGACCAUGGCCACGGUCAUGGUCACGGUGGAGGCGGCGGAGGUUACGGAGGUGGCGACGACCACAUCGAACACAUAGAAAUAACAAGCCCAGGAAUCGGGGGCGGAGGUUUCGGCGGUUACGGAGGAGGAGGCGGCGGCGGAGGUCACGGAGGUCACGGAGGUCACGGAGGUCACGGAGGAGACAGCGGGAGCUUUGGAGGAGGUUUCGGAGGCGGAUUCGGAGGCGGCGGACACGGCGGUGGUGGCUUUGGUGGAUUCGGAGGUGGAGGUGGAGGCCAUGGCCAUGGCCACGGCCACGGCGGAGGCGGAGGACACGGAGGUGGCGACAGUUACAGCGUUAUAACAAGCUACAGCAGUGGUGGGGGAGGAGGUGGAGGACAUGGAGGCGGUGGAGGAUUCGGUGGUGAUUUCGGAGGCCAUGGAGGAGGAGAUUUCAGUAGCUAUGGCGGAGGCGGUGGUGACUUUGGAGGCCAUGGAGGCGGAGAUUCCGGCGGCUACAGCGGAGGCGGUGGUGACUUCGGAGGCCAUGGAGGAGGAGAUUUUGGCGGCCACAGCGGAGGCGGUGGUGACUUCGGAGGUUACGGUGGAGGCGGUGGCGGCGACUUCAGCGGGGGUCACGGUCACGGAAUCGAAAUCGGCUCAGGCCCCGGAUUCGACAUAAGCAGCAUCAGCAGCGGCGGUCACGGCGGUGGCGGAUUCGGAGGCGGCGGUCACAGCCACAGUCACAGCCAUGGCGGCGGCGGCGGUGGUGGUGACAGCUACAGCAGUGGCGGUAGCUUCGGCGGCGAUGAUCACGGCUCCAGUUUCAGCUCUGGCAGCUACUCAAGCUCGAUCUCGAGUGGAUUCGGCGGCGGUUCCUCCGGACACGACAGCUACAGCAGCGGUGGAGGCGGCGGAGGUGGUGGCUUCUCCGGAUACCACUACAGGAAGUAGAGAGGUUCAUAUCGCUCUGUCCUUCCAAGCUUCCGUCCGACAUCCGAACGGAGUAAGGAAGUUCUCCGGAACGCCGAGAAAGCGUUCGAAAACCCGUUGCCCGAUAUUUUCACCGUGAUAAAUUCAAAGCGAGUUCAGCCACUCGAACGGCAGAUAUAUUGAACGUUCUGCGUAUAAUUUAUGCGUAUGAGUUUACGUCGUAACUCGUAUUCGAAAAUUUUUACGAUACCGAGUGCACCGUUUGGCCCGAUAAACAUAUUUUCGUAAUUUUUUCUACCAUAUGCUCGCAGAAGCUGAUUCUAAGCUUUAUCCACCUGUCGGCUUGACGAGGAAUUCAAACACGAUGUCUCGUGCAAUUCAUCACACUAUACAACAUUCUCAGUUAUCAUUGUAUUCAUCUUUUUAUCCAUAAGACAAACAUACUCGACUGUUGACCUCACUAAUUUGUUGCUACAUUUGUAUGAUAUGUUAUUGUAAAUAAUUCAUCCUGUUAGUAUAUUGUUUAUUUUUUAAUAAAAAACUGUUUUAAGUACAAAAAUAUA